AUGUUUGAGACUCACCGAUCUCGACAGCCUGCAAUGGCAGCCUCUCACAUGGAUGCGGCGCCCAGAUGCUCCACAGACACGGCACAAAGACGCCUGCUAGCCGAGAGCAUAGCACCAUCCGAAUCGGCGUCUCAACGAGAUAUGGACUUCAGCGGCGAACUCACGCCACGCGCGCAGUCUCCAGCUCGAACGUUGACCGACCAGAUCUUGAAUGUUCGUCCAUACCGUGGUUUUGCCUCUGAGGCCGAGCACCUCGCAGCACUGAACGCAUGGGCGGAGUCGAAGAAGUACGUUCAGCAAGAAUCCAAUCUCGUUGGCUUCUAUGGGCACACCACGGUCGAAGAGCUCGCCAACAGACCCAGAAUCGAGUUCGGUAUCAGCAAAUUGCUGAAGGGGCGAAAGGAAAAGAAGAAGGCCAAGCAGGAUUCUGCAAAAUAUCAUUUUGACCUAAACGACCUCGCCUGGCAAUUCGCUAUUCUCGUCAUGUCGUCAAUGACACCAGCCGGCAAGAAGCUUGAGACGAAACACCUAGACGCAGCAGAGCAAGCUCUCAACCAAGUCACCGAUAAUGCAGCACCCACUCGCCAUGCCGAUUCAGCGACCCAAUUGCAUGCACCGUCGAGCGAUCACCAAUCGCACACAUGGAUGCGAUCGCUCUUCCCGUACGGCUCCAUCGAAGAGUUCGAGAAUGCAUGGCAUCUGGGCAACUAUGUGCUAGAGCGAGGCACUGGGAAGAAGUCUUUUGAAGAGAUGAGCAUAUACGUCCGGCUCGGCAUGCACUUGUUGUACUACGGUUCCGAGCAGGAAAAAGCAUUGCAUUGGAAGCGGACCCAGACGAUGCUCCGCGACCAGAGUGUGAAGAUGGGAAAGCAAUACGACGCACCUGAAAGCAAGGAACAUAUCCAGCCAUUCAUAGACAGCUUCCAUCUGCAGGGAGGACUCUCGGAGCUGAAGGAACCCGACCCGACAAAGUACAAGACUUUCAACGAGUUCUUUGCUCGCGAAAUCAAAGAGAGCGCUCGCCCAAUCGCAGAACCCGACAAUGAUCGCGUGGUUUCCAGCCCAGCCGAUUGUCGUUUGACAGUCUUCCCGACCAUCGACCUAGCAACGAAAUACUGGAUCAAAGGCUUUGGCUUCACGCUCAGCAAGCUGCUCGGUUCAGAUGAGCUAGCCAAAACCUUCGACGGUGGAUCCAUCAACAUCGCCCGCCUUGCUCCUCAAGACUACCAUCGAUGGCAUUCACCAGUUUCCGGCAAAGUCGAAAGUAUCGCGGAGAUUCCGGGAACGUACUACACCGUCAAUCCCCAGGCUAUCACCGAGGAGGGCACGCUAGAUGUCUUUUGCGAGAAUCGGCGAUCUGUCAUGGUACUGAAGCGGACCACAACGGGCUCCCCGGUCGCGGUCAUUGCUGUUGGAGCCAUGCUUGUCGGGAGCAUCCGAUACAACUCCGGCAUACGACCCGAAACUGAGGUCAAGAGGGGACAGUGUUUGGGUGCAUUUUUAUAUGGUGGCAGCACAGUGAUUGUACUGUACCCCAAAGGCGAAGUCGAGCUUGAUCAGGAUCUGGUGGAGAAUUCGACGCAGAAAGUGUGCGAGACAUUGGUGAACGUCGGUUGGAGAGUCGGUGCUUCGCCGGCAUAG